GCAUCCCACCAUAGUCGGUGUAUCGCAGCCGUUGUCCGACGUGUCCGACGUCUAACCCGAGAAGCAGAUUCUCCAGAUCAACCAGAUCACCAGAUUCACCAGAUCCAUCCUCCACUACAGGCUUGUGUUCAGGCUGAGGGAUGACCAAAGAGGAGAACCAAGAGGAGCAGCGCGAGGAGCGCGACCAGCAAGAGGAGGCGCAGGCCCAGCGAGAGGAGGAGGAGCGCUUCACCGAGGAGGAGGAGGAGGGAGAGGGAGAAGGAGACGACUAUGAAUUAGAAGAGGAGGAGCAGGAGGAGGUGGAGAAGGAGGAGAGAGCAGAGGACGAAGAGGAGGAGCCGGAGGAGGAGGAAGGCAGGAGACAGGAGGAGGAGGAGGCGGUGGAGGAGAGGGAGGAGCCACAGCCUGGAGGAGAGCAGGCGGUGGUGACGGAGCAGCUGAGCCCCGUCCAGGAGCCGCAGCGCCGACCCAUGGUUCACCCCUCGGCCCAGGCCCCGCUGCCCAAGGACUACGCCUUCACCUUCUUCGACCCCAACGACCCGGCCUGCCAGCAGAUCCUCACCAGCCCCGACACAACGAUCCCAGAGCUGUUCGCCAUCAUCAGGCAGUGGGUCCCCCAGGUCCAGCACAAGAUACACAUCAUCGGCAACGAGAUCUUGAAGCGUGGUUGUCAUGUCAACGACCGAGACGGACUGACGGACAUGACGCUGCUCCACUACAGCUGUAAGGCUGGGGCCCACGGAGUAGGGGACCCUGCGGCCGCCCUGCUCCUGGCCAGCCAGCUCAUCUCUCUGGGGGCCGACGUGGGGCUGAGGAGCCGCUGGACCUCCAUGAACGCGCUGCACUACGCCGCCUACUUCGACGUCCCCCAGCUGAUCAGAGUGCUGCUGAGGGCCGCCAGCCCCCGCGUUCUGAACUCCACCUGCAGUGACUUCAGCCACGGCACCGCCCUUCACAUCGCCGCCUCCAACCUCUGUCUGGGCUCCGUCAGAUGUCUGCUGGAGCACGGGGCCAGCCCCGUCGUCAGGAACGAUAAGGGCCAGGGCCCGGCCGACGUGGUCCCCGACCCCAUGGACAUGACGCUGGACAAGGCGGAGGCGGCGCUGGUUGCUAAGGAGCUGAAGAUGCUGCUGCUGGACGCCGUGCCGCUGAGCUGCCUGCUGCCCCGCGCCACGCUGCCCAACUACGACAACAUCCCGGGGAACGUCAUGCUGUCCUCCCUGGGGCUGAAGCUGGGGGACCGCGUGCUGCUGGACGACAUGAAGCCCGGGACUCUGCGGUUCUGUGGGACCACUGAGUUUGCGAGCGGCCAGUGGGUGGGGGUGGAGCUGGACCGCCCCGAGGGCAAGAACGACGGCAGCGUGGGCGGAGUCCGCUACUUCAUCUGCCCCCCCAAGCUAGGUAUCUUUGCGCCGGUGUCUAAGAUCUCCCGGGCGGUGGAGAGCCCCCCCCCCGCGGUCAUCUCCGCGCCCCGGACCCCCCGCCUCGACCUGGCCUCCCGCCUCGCCAGCAAGACCAAGAAGGAGAAGAAGAAGGAGAAGGAGAGGGAGAGGGAGCGGGAGAAGGAGAGGGAGAAAGCCCUGAAGAAGAAGUUAUCGGAGGAGCUGCUGGACCCAGAAGGUCUCAACGUGGAGCUGGGAGACCAGGUCCUGGUGGCCGGCCAGAAGAUCGGCACAGUCCGCUUCUACGGGAAAACCGACUUCGCUCCCGGCUACUGGUUCGGAGUGGAGCUGGAGAUGCAGACAGGGAAACACGACGGCUCGGUGUUUGGCGUGCGCUACUUCACCUGCCUGCCCAAAUACGGCGUGUUCGCUCCGCCCUCCCGCGUGCAAAGAAUCGGAGGACCGAAGGAAGGUUUCCAGAACGACAACUCUGCGGUGAAGAAGGUUCACCAGGUCUCCAUGUCUCAACCCAAACGGAACUUCAACACGGUGCGGUCUCCGAAAGACCUCACCUCAGAGAACUCCAUCUCCAGGUUACUCUUCUGCUGUUGGUUUCCAUGGAUGCUGCGUGCGGAGAUGCAGUCCUAAUCACUCCUUAAUCUCCUUCACCCUCUCCUCCCACUCCUCCCACUACUCCCUCUCCUCCCUCUCCUCCCUCUCUCCCUCUCUGACUCUCUUCUUGCUGUUGCAGUUAUACAUUCAUAUUCUCGCGUCGUAAAUCACUUUCAACCUCCCUCCCUCCCUCCCUCCCUCCCUCCCUCCCUCCCUCCCUAACUUUACGUGGGAUGCCUCCUGGAGGUUCAGGUGGGGUUAGGGUUCGGCCUGGCUGGUGUACCUGCUGGUUGAGUGUUCCAUCCCGCCUCCUGUCACUCAGAGAGACUGACAGUACCCCAGCGUGGGCUCAGACCCUAGAAGACAAAGAGCAGGCUCCAGGAGAGGAUGUUUGGAGCUCAGCCGUCCCAGCCAGGUGUGCUGGAGAUGUGGCUUGAUGUUCCUGUACUUUACGGGCAGAACAAUGAUAGAAGUGUCUGCUCUUCGAGUGGGAACUAAGAGUCUGAAUAGAUCACUUCUUUAGGAAACCCAUCGGAACCAACAGGAUCCCAAACUUUAUCACUAACUCGUGGUUCAACCUCCAAACUCAACUCCAACUAAAGUUCAGUGUUUCUUACUCAACCACUAACUAGCGGUACUUUUUAACACUAACUAGCAGUAUGUUUUCACACUACCUAGCAGUAUGUUUUAAAGCUACCUAGUGGUACGUUUUAACACUAACAAGUGAUACGCUAUAACACUAACUAGCAGAAUGAUUUAAAACUAACUAGCAGUACAUUUUUACACUAACUAGCAGUACUUUUUAACCCUAUAUAGCAGUACGUUUUAACACUAACUAGCAGUACGUUUUAACGCUAACUGACAGUAUGUUUUAACACUAACUAGCAGUACGUUUUAACGCUAACUGACAGUAUGUUUUAACACUAACUAGCAGUACGUUUUAACUCUAACUAGCAGUAAGUGUUGAGGUGUUUCUUCCAUGUUCCUUGGUUCAGGGCCAGAGAGAGAUCAUCUCUAUCUAACGUAUGCAAACAUUAAAGCCAACAUGCCAAAGAAAGCCCCUUCAUACCAUACAUGGUCGUCCACGAGGGCGGGGCAUACGGUCCAACCAAUAGCAGCACUGAUGCUUUCAGCGCUACCCCAUCUAGAAUAUAAUAAUAUAAUAAUCAUAUAUAUUCAUACUAGGUUGAAUAUAUUCAUUGCAAUUGAUCCAGUAAGACAGUAUGUCGAGCCCACUGUGUGUUCCUGUCCCAUAUCUGGUGUAAUCCACUCACUGCCCGCUUGAUUCACUUGGAAGUGAAUAUUCACUUGGAAGUGAAUAUUUCCUAACCCUGUCAGAGUUGAUAACAGCAGAGAGGUAUUCUGCCCUCAUGAGGUUCUGAGUUGGUUGGUGUUUACCGUGAGGAUAGAUUGAUGUCCUGAUCCGUGGAGGAGGGCUUGUCCUGUCGUGUUAUCCCCCUCGUCUCCUCUCUCUGUCCUCUCUUCCUCUCCCCCAUCACCCCCCCUCUCCCCCAUCCUCCCCCGUCACUGAAGGAGUGUCAUCACCCUUGAGUCCUGCUGAUAUAUAGCCAUAUGUAAUCUGUGUCUGUGUGUGGAGAUGCUGGUAAUGUCAACGUUGCUCUUUAAGUACACUGACGUGUGUCGCACACAAACACACACAAACACACACCUCUAGAUCUCUGAUGACUCGGUGAACACAGCUCUAGCUCUCUGGUGACUGGGUGAACACAGCUCUAGCUCUCUGGUGACUGGGUGAACACAGCUCUUGGGAACAGGGAAAUAGGCGAGGUGUCCUAUAAAUCAUUUAGACUGGAAACAGAAGAAUAUCUGAAGUAGCUCAGUAGACCAUUCCAGCUCUCUGUGUUCUAGAUAAUUCUCUUUGCUGCGCUAUGUUGUAUAAACUAGUCGGAGAGACUAGUUACAACUUGUCAAUGAACUAUAAAUGUUGCUAUUUACCCUAGCGCCUCCCUAAGGAGGAUAAUGUGGUGUUCACCUCCACCUCAGUUCAGACCGCGACCCUCUGAUCCGACCAGAAGGGGGCGCCAGCGGGCCGAGGGGGUUUUAUGAAGAUAAUCGAUCCUUUUAUUACUACAACUAAAUGUUCGUUGUGCUGGAUUGACAAACUGAAGUUACCGGUCGAACCCAUUCUGUUUAAAGCUGAACAUAUAAAUACAACGUUUUACCGUUCCUCAUACCAUCAUCCUGAAUACAAUUUGGAUAGUUCACUAAGUGUACUUUAUCGUUUACUUUGUUUUGUAGUCCCACACGUUGUGAGGUCAGGGGAGAAGACCAUGUUUGUGUUCAGUGUUGAAAUUAAAACUCACUGCAUGCUCUCUCUCCCUCAAUCGCCCUCAAUCUCUCUCCCUCAAACUCUCUCUCUCUUUCUCUCUCUCUCUCUCUCUCUCUCUCUCUCUCUCUCUCUCUCUCUCUCUCUCUCUCUCUCUCUCUCUCUCUCUCUCUCUCUCUCUCUCUCUCUCUCUCUCUCUCUCUAUCGUAGUAUUUCAUUUUUAAAGACAGUUUUGUCAUCUCUUCCGCAUGAAACUGCUUCUAAUAUCAGUGAUAACUUUAUGAAUACAAUAAUAAAAGAUAAUUGAUGUGGUUUUCUA